ACAACAUCAAAGAAACACAACUAUUUCAUAGCGGAGCCUAUGGGUCAAAAACCAAUCACCGCCAUACCAGGGCUUGGGCAGAUUCUUGGACAAAGAUUGGCGGAUGCUGGCUAUCAUUAUGUGAGGAACAUACCAGUAACCUAUUCAAUAUUUAAG